AUGGAUAUUACUCCUGUAGGGGAAAGGGUGCGCCUAUCUGUUGCUGUAAAAUCCUUACGUCAGGAAUGUUAUAGUUCCAUAUCGGUACCUGUCAUAUCUUCUCCACAAAUGGAUACACAUACUAGACAUGAAGGAUUCAAUGUUACUACUCCAUCUGAAAAAUCUACUGGCAAGACGUCUGAUUCAAAAGGGUUAUUGAAUCGAUCCAACUCUUUCUCUCGGUUCCUGGGUCGGUCUGAUUCGAAGAAAUCGCGUGCUGCCGCCGCUGCAGCUGCUGCCGCAAAUGCUUCAAACUCAUCCACUGGAAAUACAAAUCAAGAUUCUCUUCCUUUAUUACCACCAAGUCCUCGUACUAUUCAAAAGCGCAAUUCCCUAGAAGGAGGCAUCAUGUCGAUGGAAAAAGUCAAACAGACAUGCGUCAAAGUAUUUGGUGAAGAUGGACAAACUAGGAUUGUCAACGUACACAAUACAACCAGCGCCAAAGUUGUUAUGGGCAAAGUUUUACACAAAUUUGGAAUUGAUGAAAGUAAUGCAGAUCGAUAUUGUAUUUUUGUGGGGUCAAGUACCAAUGGAGAAGCUCGAGCUUUGUCUGAUGCGGAACUUACAGAUAUAUGUCGUUCGACCAAUCGACCAGAAAAAGAACGACUUAUUCUACGAAAACGACAUUUGUAUCCAACACACGAAGAAUUCAAACGAAAAGGAACUAAUAAUGCUCGAUGGCAGAAUCCAUUUGCAACAACCAACAGUGGGAUAUCCAACAGUAGUACCAUGAAGGAUUUACCGACAAUGUCUUCACCCGUGGCUCGAAACUACCCACGUAUUAAACGCUUCUUUGGAGAACGACCGCCUUCAGAAGUGAUCUCCUCCAACUUGACCUCCUUCUUUCCCAAUCAUAAACGCGAUUUAUUGGAAACAGCAGGAAUCAAUGCCAAACGUUUAUCAACCAAUCGACGAAAUUCAGCCGCUAGCCGACAUGAUAGCAGAAGUAGUUCAAGGAAUAGUGUGUUACCAGAACUUGUAUCAGUACUUGGGGUUGAUAUGGACAAAUUUGAGGAAGAGGAAGAAGAAGACGAAGAGGUGGAUGAUGAUGAGGAUGCUAACGACGACAACGACAAUUAUGAUAUCAAUAACAAGAACAAAAAGUCUCCCAGCGAUCAUGAUGGCGAUUCAAUGUCUCUCUAUGAUGAUUCCCAAGACCAUACUUCAACAGCAAAGAAGGCUAUGGCUUCUCGGGUAGAUCUUGAUGAAAACGAAGUGGAAGACGACCAUCAAACUGAAUUGGAGGCUUGUCUACCUUGGAUGAAGGGAUCAUUGAUAGGUAGAGGAACAUUUGGUGAUGUAUAUCUUGGUUUGAAUCCUCUUAGUGGUGAACUAAUGGCUGUCAAACAAGUUGAAUUACCGGUGGAAAAUUCUGCUAGUGUGGAACGAAAACGGUCUAUGGUAGAAGCUCUUCGACGGGAAAUUGCAUUACUUCAGGAACUGCAACAUGAAAAUAUUGUUCAAUACCUUGGAUCACAAUCUGAUAAUGCUCAUUUCAGUAUCUUUUUGGAGUAUGUACCUGGUGGCUCGGUAGCUGGAUUAUUAUCAAGUUAUGGUGCAUUCCAAGAACCAUUGGUGAAAAGUUUUGUACGACAAAUAUUAAAAGGAUUGACUUAUCUCCACGGAAAAGAUAUUGUUCAUCGUGAUAUCAAAGGAGCCAAUGUAUUGGUUGAUAAUAAAGGUGGUGUCAAGAUAUCGGAUUUUGGUAUCUCCAAGAAGGUGGAAGAUGAUAUUAUGCAAGUGACAGCAACAGCAGCUCAUCGACCAAGUUUACAAGGGUCUAUAUUUUGGAUGGCACCUGAAGUAGUAAAACAAACUCAGUAUACUCGAAAAGCAGAUAUUUGGUCUCUUGGAUGUAUGGUGGUGGAAAUGUUUACUGGUGAUCAUCCUUUCCCUGAAUUCUCACAGAUGCAGGCUAUAUUCCAGAUCGGAAGCUAUACCGCACCAGAUAUCCCGACUCAUAUUAGUGAAGAAGCCAAGGACUUUUUAAAGUGUACAUUCCAACUUGAUCACGAAAAAAGACCUACAGCUCAAGAAUUAUUAUCUCAUCCCUUCCUGGCCCUUAAUGAUUAG